AAUAAUAAGAAAUUGUAAAUUUCUUGAGGAGUCCAAUACCUAUGCUCUGAAGACAGAACUGUCUACAUAUAAUAAGGUGUCAAAAACUAGCCAAAAUGAAAUAUAUCUAUCUAAUUGUUCUGGCUGCUCUGCUAAGACAUGCAGGGGCAGCUUGCUACAAUGGAACUGAUCCUGCUCUGUGUACAACCUGCAGUGGGUCCUGUUUUGAUAACAAUGGAUGUAUGUGUUCUGAUGAUGAGACAAUACCCUGCGUGCCCACUGCUUGUCAAAUGACAACUAUGUCUCUUUGCUGCCCUUCUGGCUAUUUCUGGAAUUCCGAUCUAUCGUGCUGCAGUGACACAUUAAUUUGUGACCCCCCAUGUCUCAGUGAUGAAAUGUGUGUCAGUGUUAGUAAUGUGGCAACUUGUGCCUGUAAUGAUUCAGCUUAUUCUGGAAAAACAAUUGCAGACUUUAGCCCAUCAGUAUCCUGUAACACAGUUACAAUGACCAUCUCUGUCAGUCAGUGUUUGCUGGCCCACCUUGGUUAUGAUUACACCAACAUGCACUUACUAAAUAGCUCACUUGCCGCCUGCCGCUAUAGUUACUCAGAAAUCAUCAACAACAGCAGUGUGAGGAAAGUGCAGCUCAGAGUGGAGGAUGGAUGGUGUGGAACCAUAAUGACGUUUGACUCCACUAAGUUGUAUUAUAAGAACAGUCUUUAUAUUGGAAUUCAGAAUAAAAGCAUUAUUACAGUGAGCCCCAUGCUCCUUAAUUUUACCUGCAGUUACAACCUGACAAUGGAGACAAGCCUUAUUUAUGCUCUCAAACCAAUUCAAAACACAGUGACUCUUCCAGGACCCAAUGGGACAGGUUCCUAUGCAUUGACUAUGGCUGCAUAUUUAAAUCCUAAUUUCAUAUCACCAAUACAAGCAGAUGAUACAGUGGAGGUGGGAACAUUAAUCUACCUGGGACUGUUUGUUGCUAAUGCUGAUGGAACUGCAUUUUCUCUGAGGGUGGAAGAGUGUUAUGCAACCCCAACCAAUGACCCAACAGAUGUCAACAGAGUGUAUAUUGUGCGUGGUGGCUGUGCAUAUACUAAUGAUGGGGUAGAGUCAGUGGUAAAAGAGAAUGGAAAAUCUCUAGAGGCCCAAAUCCAAGUGAGCACAUUCAGCUUCCAGGGCCAACUUGACGUUUUUAUCUUCUGUAAUGCUACCCUAUGCCCAAAAACACAGCAGUGCAAUAUGUGUACUUAUAACACAAGGCUUGCCCGUACCUCUUCCACUUCCUUUGCACAGACCGCAAUAAAUAUUCCGCUUGAUUAUACCAGUUAUUUGAACAGUGGAUCGCAAACAGCUGUUUCCUGGGCUGUGAUGCUCAGCUUUCUCGUUGUCCUUCUUAAAAUGAAUAUCUGAUGGCAACCAAUACAUCCUUUCUGCUGACAUUAUGAAAGCAACACUUUGUGGACUUUGUUUAGCGCUGAGAACCAAAGCAAUGAAAUGAAAUUGUUUUCACUAUAAAUUAAUUUUCAGGGAGUGUCACAUAGUCAUGAUCAAAUAUAUUACUUAUAUUAUUUAUUUUAAUUUUCUCUUUUCUUUACCUUCUUUGAAAAUGUAUCCAGUUUACAGUAAAAAUAUAUCCUGUGUAUAUAUACAUAUAUAUAUUCACUUACUCAUGUCUGGGGCCUGACAAUGAAGAAGCAGCUAAAUAUAAAAAAUAGAAUAAAAUACUCUGUGCCAUCUGUGAUGUGAUUUUGUUGUUGACCUUCACAAAUAAAUUAAAAUGUGCAAUA